AAUGAGGAAGGUUUGGCAACCCUAACUCCGAUUGGUUUUCAUUCAAUAAAAAAAGGUAGUUGUUAAGUGGAAGAUGGAGUUGCUGGAUAACAUUUAAAAUAAAAUUAUUUGCAACUGGCUAGCAGUUAAGUGUAAGAAAAUGGAAAUAGACGGCAGCAAAGAAGUGGACCAAAUACAUCCGCAGUAUUCAUUUUUGCACUCAUUAGUGGCAGGGGGUGUAGCUGGUGUGGUUGUUGAUAUUGCGCUUUUCCCCAUCGAUACUGUUAAAACGAGGCUGCAAAGUGAAUUGGGUUUCAUGCGUGCUGGCGGCUUUCGUGGCGUUUAUAAAGGUUUAGCACCCGCUGCUGCUGGUAGCGCACCAACUGCUGCGAUAUUUUUCUGUUGCUAUGAAGGUUUCAAGCGUUAUUUCAGCACUACUACCGGUGUGAUCAAUUCACCUUACGUACACAUGGUUUCGGCAUCUUGUGCUGAAGUUCUAGCAUGCCUGAUCCGUGUACCCGUCGAAAUUGCGAAACAACGACGUCAAACACUUGGCAAUACACAGAAAACUACAGCACUACAAAUACUUUGGCGUGCUUACAAACUAGAAGGGUUGCGCCGUGGUCUUUAUCGUGGAUUUAGUACUACGGUGAUGCGUGAAAUACCAUUCAGCUUAAUACAAUUUCCCAUGUGGGAAUAUUUUAAGCUACAUUGGACUGCUACAACUGGCAUGGAUUCGACUCCUUUUACGGUUGCAUUAUGUGGUGCAAUGGCUGGUGGUAUUGCCGCAGGUCUCACUACACCACUAGAUGUAGCAAAGACGCGUAUUAUGCUUGCUGAACAGGGCACGGCAACAAGAAAGUUGAAUCCACGCACUGUGUUAGCGGCCGUGUACAGGGAACGUGGUUUUGCGGGUCUUUUUGCCGGUUUUGCACCACGUGUCCUCUGGAUCACUCUAGGAGGUGCAUUUUUCUUUGGGUUUUAUGAUUUAACAUUAAGACUUUUGCGUGGCACUGUAGCAGCGGAUAAUCCAAAUAUAUAGCAAAGCAAUAAUUGAUAUGAAAUCGCAAAGUUCUUUAAUUUUAAGUCUAUAGGCAUGCCCUUAACAAACGUUCAUAUGUAAUAUGUACGUACAUACAUACAUAUCUUUAUGUCCAUGGUCCUGUGCAAUAACGACACAAUUCAAAAAUUAAAAACCGUUACUACUGUUUAGUAGCUCAUGUCUAAUCCGUAUUGAAUCCAUGUCUAAUAUUUGAACUUACUUUAGCAAUCCUUACUGCUUCCUUAGUAAAGAAUGGAAAUGGAGUAGAGACAAGAGCCACUUAACAGUAGUAACAGUUUUUAUUUUUUGAAUUUUGAAUGGUUAUUGCACAGGACCAUCGAUGUGUGUAGAAACAGAUAUACUCAAAUUAAAAAUAAUUGAUUAGUUGUAAGAAUCAAUUUAAUGCUUAUUUAUAAUGUAUUUUCUAUUUUCAUAGACUUUGGAUCGAAGCAAAAAUAUAUUUAGAAUCUAGCUUAGUUUCCAUAA